CGUUGCCAGCUCGGCCGCCAUUUUCCCUCGGCCGUCGGAGGAUGGAGCCCGGCGGGGGCCGUCGCGAGAGGCUGCCGCCGGCCCUGCCGCCCUCGCAGGCGCCGCCGCCCAAGGCCAAGGAGGCCUCCGCCAGCGGCAGCAGCCACAACAGCCGCCUGGAGAAGGCGAAGCAGCGCGCGGCGCAGCAGGAGCUCAAGCAGCGGCAGCGCGCAGAGAUCUAUGCCCUGAACCGGGUGAUGACGGAACUGGAGCAAGAGCAGUUCGACGCCUUUUGCAAGCAGAUGCAGGCUUCGGGUGAAUAAGCACAUGAGCCCAGUGCCAAAUGGCCAGUAGCGAAUUUCUGCCCGGGGGGCUCCCUCCACUCUGGACCAGCCCUCCUCCCACACUGGCCCUGCCAGCAGUCUAACAAGACUGGAGACUCUAAGAAGGGAAGAACACACAAGCCGCCUCCAUUUCCCCCCUUCCAGUCAGCCGUUCCACUGGCCUGCUCUUGUUCUAACUCUUCCUUGUUGAUGAACCCUGGUUUCUAACUCUAUUUAUUGCCUUGCUUUGAAAAAUAUUUUUAAUAAAGCUUGCCUGCCUAUUUA